UGGAAUUCUCUCCUUUAAACCUUCCCAUGCAUCCGCGAGUCCAACUCCGAUUCUAUCCUGAGUUUUGGAGCUCGUUCACUUCGGAGCCUUUCUAAGGGCAUGUCAACGGUCACACCGCAGCGAUGCCACUUCCAACGCAAUCUUUCCCUUCAGCCGCGCACCCGAUUCUGCUGGUAUCGCCGCCUGACAGCAAAUCCCACUCGGGUACUCAAGGCCUACGCAGACGGCUUUUCCCAGUGUUCCACUUGGCACUCGGGAAUUCUCGUGUCGGCUUCUUGGCGAACGUCUCACCUUGCAGUCGUCAUUGAAGUCCGACAAGUUUCCCUCCUCCAAUUCCCAACUUCCUCCCCCGCGAGAUCCACGAUACGCACUGCGCAGCCAUGAACUGUCCCUCGCGCACUGACGACGUCGAUCUGAACCCCGGGUGGAACCAGAACCCGCCGUUUCUCGCCGCAGACCUCACCACAUGCGAGGACCUCAACGGCAUGAUUAAUGCCAGACAGCUCAAGCGCGACAGCAGAGGAGGUAGCCAUCCGACGGAUGACAGCCUGAGAGAAGAAUACCUGGCCAGAUCAUCCAAGAUGCAGCCCGAUCGCUCCCGCUCCAUCUUGGGCGGAUGGGCCUUGUGGCUCCUCUCCGUCUUUCUCACAGCAUUCAUACUAUCUAAUCUCCAUAUUUUCAGACUUUCCACCCUGAAGACGCUUAUCGACGUCUUCCAAAAGGACUCUAUGGCCCAGCCACGCAGGCCACUGUCCAAAAGGGCCACCUGUGCAACUGGAGGCGUAAACAAAGCCGACUACGAUGUGCCAUUGCACGUUGGCGCUCUAUUCGUCAUCCUUUUCGUCUCAGCUACAGGUUGCGCCUUCCCCAUGCUCGUCCUCAAGUUUCCAAAGCUGCGAAUUCCAGCAUCCUUUCUGUUCACUGCAAGGCAUUUUGGAACAGGCGUCCUCAUUGCGACAGCAUUCGUCCAUUUGCUUCCUACCGCUUUCCUUUCGCUUGGUAAUCCCUGUUUAUCCUCAUUCUGGACCGACGACUAUCCCGCCAUGCCUGGCGCGAUUGCGCUGGCCGCCGUCUUCAUGCUCACUGUCAUAGAGAUGAGCUUUUCGCCUGGAAGGACCUUGUGCUGCAGCGGACAAGGGGAUUUGGAAUCGGUGUCACGGAGGAAACAGGCACAGGAGGAGGACGGCUGUGCAGCACAACCCCAACCUUCAACCCGUCGCAAGCCACCGCGGCCUCAAUUGGCCACCGUAGUAGACGGAAGUUCUCCAUUGCGCGACAAAGGCCCCCUGUUUGGAAGAUCUUCAAGCUUUAGCCGCACUCUUGCGCGUUUGGGCGAAGAAAGCAGGGAAUUGGACCAGGUCGAGCUUUCCCAACUCAGGGAGCAGUCGAAGAAGAUGGAUAGCGACGAUACCAUCGUCAAUCUAGAUGAUGCAGACACGCCUUCCGAGUCGAGUGAUUCCUCCGAGGAGUUGCAUGCGCAUAAGCGAGCUGUCCUGCAGGUCAUGCUGCUGGAGAUGGGUAUUUUGUUUCAUAGCGUUUUCAUUGGCAUGUCUUUGUCUGUUUCGAUCGGGAGCGACUUCAUUGUCCUCCUGAUCGCCAUCAUCUUCCAUCAGACUUUUGAAGGUCUGGCUCUAGGUGCUCGCAUUGCUUCCAUCAAAUGGCCGAACAAUGCCAUGCAACCAUGGAUCAUGGCGUUUGCAUAUGGAUGCACGACUCCGGUUGGACAGGCUAUUGGUCUUGCCACGCAUACGUUGUACAGGCCAGAUUCCGAAGUCGGGCUUCUUGUGGUCGGUAUCAUGAAUGCCAUUUCGGCCGGUCUCCUGAUUUUUGCAUCGCUCGUAGAGCUGCUAUCUGAGGACUUCCUCAGCGAUGAGAGCUGGCGUGUCCUCAGAGGCAAGCGGCGUGUAUGGGCAUGCGUCCUUGUAUUUCUGGGCGCCUUCCUUAUGAGCCUGGUUGGUGCUUGGGCGUAGUCGUCUCCUGUGUGCUGCUCUGGAAUAUGGGCAGGACUCAGGAGUUUGUGAUACCCCCUACUGAGGUUACUGAGGUGUCUGGCAUGCGGGAACGGUGAAAAGCUGCCAUGUCGAUGUUGGUAAGAUGUCUGUUACGAAGAUACUAGAGUUGAUAUGUUUUGUAUCCGUAUGGCUGGCCUUUCGGCCCAUUACUGUUUAUUACUGUCUACGAGGGAAAUAGGAGCCGCUCAGACCUCUGAUCUGUUUCAUGGCUCAUACAGAAGUCCUCCUUCCGAGCUAUACAGGGACGAUUUAUGUCAGGGUAUAGAGCGAAUAGUUAGAGAUACCAUGCAGUGCUGCAAAGCGAAGCGUGGAGAUUGCGGUCUGAAGAACUUCGAGCCAGUGAAACCACGACCAAAGAAAGAUCAAAGGGGCCUAGGAGAAAACGCUCUUCGG